GGGAGAGGGAGGUUCUCGAGAGGCCUGGCGUCCCCUUCCUGGACAAAGUCUUCCUGCCCAACCUCUCCACUCCGAUGCCCCCCAGAUAGGGAGCAAGUAAUGCCCCUCGGCAGUCGAGGAAGUGUCCCAAGGACCCGGGCUUCGGCGCCACCUCCUUCACGCGCAUUCCAAGUGCACCCCACAGAACCGUCUGCGGGCCAUUUGCAAACCACUACGCCUCCAGCUGGGGCCCCUCUGGGGCCCAGUCAAGGUUCACCACUGACCGGGCCCCUUGGUGGUCUGACCACUCGCUGGUGGUGGACUUUCCUUCAGAAUGGGCCAAAAAAGGCAGCGACUGUUGGAGGCCAAGCAGCAUCAGAAACCACCAGAUGGAACCCAGACACCUUCCCCUAAGGAGCCCCGCUUGGGCCUGCCCUCGACCCUGGGCCCUCAGCGCAGCAUCUAUUUCUCAAACCUGAAGGGCUGCCCUGCUCGCCUGGGAUCAGAGUUUUUCGACCAACCUGCAGUCCCCCUGGCACGGGCCUUUCUGGGGCAGGUCUUGGUCCGACGACUUGAUGAUGGCACGGAGCUCCGUGGCCGCAUUGUGGAGACUGAGGCAUACUUGGGGCCAGAGGAUGAAGCUGCCCAUUCUCGGGGUGGCCGGCAGACCCCCCGCAACCGUGGCAUGUUCAUGAAGCCAGGGACCCUGUACGUGUAUCUCAUCUAUGGCAUGUACUUCUGCAUGAAUGUUUCCAGCCGAGGGAGGGCAACCGCCCUGGGGGCCCUGUCUCUCCCACAGGGGAUGGGGCAUGUGUCCUGCUGCGAGCCCUGGAGCCCCUGGGAGGCCUGGAGGCCAUGCGGCAGCUGCGCAGUACCCUCCGCAAAGGUGCCACAGGCCGAGCCCUCAAAGACCGUGAGCUCUGCAACGGCCCCUCCAAGCUGUGCCAGGCCCUGGCCAUUGACAAGAGCUUCGACCAGCGGGACCUGGCCACAGAUGAAGCUGUAUGGCUGGAGCAGGGGCCCAGGGAGUCUGCGGUGGUGGCAGCAGCCCGAGUGGGCAUCGGCCAUGCUGGAGAGUGGGCGCACAAACCCCUGCGCUUCUAUGUGCAGGGCAGCCCCUGGGUCAGCGUGGUGGACAGAGCGGCUGAGCAGACUGCACAGGCCUGAGUAAGGACCUGCGUGGAUGACGAUUUUUAAUUGUUUAAAAACAAAAUAAAUGCAUUGUUUCCAGAAAACU